AUGGAAAAGAUUAAAGCCGGUAUUUUUGAUGGACCCCAAAUUAGACAAUUUACGAAAAAUACUCAAUUUAUAAAUUCUAUGACUAAGUUAGAACUAAAGGCUUGGACAGCUUUCGUCUCUGUGAUGCAGAAUUUUCUCGGAAAUAAAAUAUCUGCAAAUUACAUUGAACUUGUAGAAGACCUUCUGCUACAAUUAAAAAAUAUGGGGUGCAAUAUGAGCAUAAAACUCCACUUCCUCCAUAGUCACCUGGACAGGGAAAAUUUAGGAGAUAUGAGCGAAGAGCAGAGAGAGCGUAUGCAUCAAGACUUACGCGUCAUGGAAGAGCGUUUCUGGGACACGAAUAUGAUGUCUGACUAUUGUUGGUCUCUGAUACGUCAUUUUCCAAAGUCUACACAUAAGAGAAGAGCUUUAAAACGAAGUUUUUUAGAACUCAAUGAUUAA